AUGGCAAUUCCUGUGGACAAGACCAUAUGGGAAUGGUUGACCGAGCACACUUUCGACCGACGGACCAAACGCACCACGUCAGGAUAUACGGAUGUCGAUACACAGCAGCGCGUUACAUAUCUGCAACUCAAAGACUAUGCAACGUACUUGUCGACUGCACUUGGUGCUGUGUAUGGAACAUGCCUCGGGGAUGCGGUUGCAAUCUUCAGUCCAAAUACAGUAUGGUAUCCGGUAGCAAUGUUUGCGGCUUUGCGGCUAGGAGCAACGGUCUCCGGAGUGUCGCCCACUUACACAAAGGACGAACUCUCAUACGCCUUGCGGAAGACGAAGACCAAAAUCCUGUGGACUACCUAUGAACUCAAGAGCGUUGCUGUGGCUGCCGUGCAGGACUUGAGUCAUGACUGUAGCAUAAUACUCCUUGAACCACAGCCGAACAGCAUUGAGACCGGCAACACACUCGAGACUCUUGCAAAUCUCGGAAAGAGUUACGGAGAAGAGAAGCAAAUCGGCGCAUAUAAAGUACCGCCUGGACAGACCAACAAAGAUAUCUGUGCUUUUCUAAACCUCAGUAGUGGCACGACAGGUUUACCAAAGGCAGUCAUCAUCUCACACCAGAAUGUGAUUGCGCAAUGCCUACAGGUCGAGCAGAUUACGUCCACCGAUCACCGCAGGGUUCUUGGGGCCCUGCCAGUGUACCACAUCCAGGGUCUCAUUCACAUUCUUCACGUGCCGGUCGCCCUUAAUGCUGAGGUUUACCUCAUGCGUAAAUUCUCCAUGGAGGGCAUGUUAGAGGCGGUCGCCAAGUACGAGAUUCGAGAACUCUGCCUUGUACCACCGAUAAUAAUCCUGCUGGCCAAGAGUCCCCUCGUUGAAAAGUAUGAUUUGAGCUGCAUUCGACGAUUCUUUUCCGGGGCCGCGCCCUUGUCAGACGGUGUUCUGAAAGUGCUCCAGGAAAGAUUUCCCCAAACAGGUUUCAAGCAGGGCUACGGCCUCACAGAGUCCUGCAGUGCCAUAACGCUGCAUCCUCCAGACAUGCUAGGCUAUGAAAAUGCUGGCUUUGGAGGCACCCUGGUGGCCAAUACAGAAAUCAGCAUACGGUCCAUAGACGACGGUCGAGAGCUGGGGGUGGAUGAGACUGGGGAAAUACUCGCCCGAGGUCCCCAAAUCACGGAAGGCUAUCUCGGUGAUCCCAAUGCCACCGCAUCGACGUUUGACAGUGAAGGUUGGCUCCAUACUGGCGACAUAGGCAGGAUGAACAAUCAGGGUUUCCUCAUUGUCAGCGACCGCAUCAAGGAUCUCAUCAAAGUCAAGGGCGUUGGUGUGGCGCCUGCAGAGCUUGAAGAUCUACUGUUGACACAUUCACAAGUCGAAAGUUGUGCCGUUCUGGGUGCUCCAGAUGCUUAUGCCGGAGAGACACCAGUAGCCUACGUGGUUUUGAGGAAUGCUGGUACUGCUCCCGCGGACAAAACGACAGUAGGUAUGGACUUACUGCAGUUGGUGCGUCGGAAGCGGGCUCCUCAUAAAUGGCUGUCAAAGCUAGAGAUCGUGGAGAGCAUUCCAAAAAGUCCUACAGGAAAGAUUCUGAAGAAGGUCAUAAGAGACGAUCCAAGUCGAAUGGGAACCAGUAUUGUGGUCAGUGGGAAGGAUGCGACGAAGAUUGGGGCGAAAGUCAUCUCUGCCAAACUCUGAAGUCGUGGUCACGGCCUUCGCGUGG